AUGAUAGUCAUUUAUUUUGCAUUAUGUACAGAAAAUUGGAUCAUGAUAGAUACAUUUGGACUGCAAUAAAUAAACUUAUCCAAUUAUUAAAUUGACAUUCUUUCAAUCUAAGCAAACUUCAGUGUAAAAUAAGCAAGCAUUUUAAUGAUUUGUGAUGCUACACCAAACUUUACAACUUUCAGUGAAAUUUAUCUUGAUUAAAAGUAUACAUAAUUAUAUCAAGUUUUUAAUGUAUUUGCGAUUGGAAUGCUUUUGAAUUCACUGGAAAAUCAUAAAAGCUAAUGUUGUUUAGAAAUUCUAAAAAGAAUUAUAAUUCAUACUCUACUAAUACCAAAUUUUCAAAUAGUUUACAGAUUUUUAUUGGGAUUUUUUCAUAGUAGAAUGAUAUUUUAAAUAUAUUGAUUAGUUCAAAAUAAUCAAAUGAUUGCUUAAGGUACUCUUUAUUUUAAUAAAAGCAUAUGUAAAAACAACGGAUAAUGUGUAAAAAAUAUUUGUGAUUGUCUUGAAGGUUAUUUUGGUUUUGAUUGUGAAUUUUAAGGAUUUGACAUCCUGAAAUAAGAUUAUCUUGAAAAAGAUAUAUUAUAUUAUUUAGAUUCGAUGAAGAUUGGAAAUGAUCAUUUUUUUUUGUAAUUUUCAAACGAAGUAAAAAUUAGUUAUUAGUGUUUUUUGGAAAAUCCUUACCUAAGAAAAGCUGUAGUUAAAGAACUAGCUUAUAUUAAUAUAACAAUUGAUGAGAUUAAUAAAUGUUAAAGAAUAGGGUUACAAUCAUCUUAAAUUUAUCAUUAUAUUAUAAUUUAAUCCUAUUAAGAUGGAAUAGUUUAUAUUAAUUAGAAUUUAAAUGAAAACGAAAACCAUUUCUAAGCAAUAAUUAUUUCAGUAAUCUCAAUUGGACUACUCUGUUUAUGUUGUUUUAUACUAUGUAUAUUUAAAUUUUCAAGUUUCAAAAUUAAAAAAGCACAAUCAACAAAUAAUAUCAAUAUUAUUGCUAGUGUUUCUAAAAACUAAAAUAUAUUUGAAAGUUCAUUUGAUUGGAAUCAACUAAUCCCUGCAAUUGAAUAUUAAAGUCUUUUAAGAAAAAUCCCUUAAAUAAAUGAUUAGAUAGAAUGUUAGAUAUGUUUGGAUACUUUUAAAUAAGAUUAAUUUGUCAGAGUCACAUAUUGUAUGCAUGUCUAUCAUUAUAAAUGUUUUGAUAGAUGGAUGAAACAAAACUUGGUAAUAUCUUUGUUCAAUUUAGAUGUGUCCUAUUUGUAGAUCUCCUUAAGAUAAAAAAGCUAUAGAUAAGAUAUAAAAUUAAGAAAAUUUAAUGAAUAUUGCCUAAUCUUAUUCCUAUAGUAGCAAUCGUCGACCAGAAAACCGUCACUAAUAAGGAAAUAAGCGUUAUGGAGAUAUUCCAAUUUUAACUAAUAGUAGAACAGGUGGAUCUUCAAAAUUAAUUUUAAGCCACUGA